CUUCCUUUUUCCUAUCGGCCAUUUUCCUCCCGUGUAGGUAUGAGAAAUUAUCCUCUACAGUUUUCUACUGAAUCUAUCUCAAUCCCUGGUAGUUUUCUAUCAUUUGUGAAUUCUAAUUACAAUCUCGAAUAGUGCGCUUCUUCACCUUUGUAACAAGGUGUUUAUUGUCUAUAUUGAUCAAACUAACAUGCUGUUAUGAUGAGUGAUUCAUAGUCCCCGAGUGAAGCUCUGUAUAUGUGGGACUGUUAGCAUCACCGACACGGCUAACCUUCAUAACUCCAUGAGUUAAUGUCGGUCCUUUUUAUGAAUUGCUUUUUUGCAAAUGCUUUAACAUCAGUUAUUGUAACUCAUUAAAUGGAUAUGUAAUUUUCGCGAAUAGCAGUUCAAAUCAGCCGGUAAUCUGGUUAGCUGUUUAGCUUAGCAUCCCACACGUCGCCGUGUGGAUAGUGCUCGUGUGCCGGCAUGACAGUCAGCUAAUGCCCGCGUGUCGUUCUGUCUCCUCAGGGAAGUAGGCAACCAUGGCCCCCAGCCGGAAUGGAAUGAUCCUGAACCCGCACUUCCACAAAGACUGGCAGAAAAGAGUGCGUACCUGGUUCAACCAGCCAGCCAGGAAGACCCGCAGGUGAGAAACACGAUCAGGGAUGCUAACAGGCGUCCAGGUCAUGAAUCCUGAAUGAGCAACAGUAGUCUAGAUAACAAGAAAAAUAUUUGUAUACAUGUCAACUUCCCUUGUUUAUGUCUUUAAAGUGCUGUCAUUCUACCCAGUCAGUCCUCUUGUUUAUUUCUGACGUCUGCAGUUACAGUGAAGUUGGUCAGCAGGCCUGUCAGUGUUUACCUCACUGUUGGUUAGACUGGUUUGUAGGUGGUCAGGCAGCAUAGAACCUCUGAGCGCUCCACAUGUGUCCAAGAAAGAACUUACUGUGUUGUAUCAAACAUGCAAGAGUAACAGAUGUGCAGCCGCUUUGUUUUUGAUCAGACUUAAAGUUCACAGAUAAAUUACAUAAAAGUCUGUGUAAAAUUCAAACAAUUAGGUUUUGAUGUCCGCGGCCUGAGCUGGUAGGUCCACAACACUGAAUUGAAGCUACUCUGUAACAAGUGUUCGGUUCUGUUGCAGCAUAAUAGUCAAAAUCCCAUUUAGUGGUUCUUUUUGUUGAGUUGUUUUGUUCAAAGACAGGCUUUUCUGAAUGUGUGUGUAUGUGGCUCCCACUGCUUAUGAAGCCAGCCUUAAGUGGAUACGCAGAAACUGCGAGCAUCCACAUCACUGAUAGACCCAACUGUGCUGCCGCUGUGCAUGUCUGAGUGUGUUGGAAGCUCCUGCUAUUAACUCACACUGGCCAUUCUGCUUUCUGCAACUCAAUAAAUAGAACCACUAACCGGGACUUUGACAGUGUAGCUUCAUUUCAGUGUUGUGGACCUACCAGCUCAGGCUGCCAAUAUUAUAUGCAGACAUGCUGUCAGAGCAAAGAAACUAAUGCCAAAACUUCCAAUAUCUUCAGAACCACUGGUUUUUCAGGGAGUGGGGAUAAAAAAAAUGAGCUGUUCAGACUAAAAUCAGGUUUUCUACCAGGCUGUAAAUAUGCCCAUUUUUGCUCAAAGACAGGCUUUUUGAGGCAAAAAUAGGCAAAUUUACUGCCUGGUAAAAAACAACAACUUUGCUUUAGAAACCAGCAAGAUGCCUCCGAGGUUGUAUCCAUGUUUCAUACAGUCACAAACUCUGCACUGUUCCACAAUUAUUUUGUCUGGACCCUGUUCUGGAUCCCUCUGUUCUUAUUAUGGGAACAACCGCAUCUGUUUGCUAGUCCUCUGAAACAUUUACAGUAUAGGUGAGCUGUUAUACUGGCAUAAAAGUCCUCUAAACUAACAAAGUAGAGUAAGCUUUGCAGAAUGUUGUGUUGGAGAAAUGCAGUGUUGCUCUUUGGUUAUACCGAGAGUCAGACAUUUGCAGACGGGUGAAUUUUGGUAUAUUGGGUUGGUAUGUUUUGCAGCCUCUCUUACCACAGUACAAGUACAGAAAGUUUUCAGUGAGGCUGGCAUGUAGUAGAAGUGAAAUUAAAAAAAAAAAACAAGUAGGCAGGGAUAGUGUUGAGGUCUUUAGUUCUUGAGGCUAAAAAAGGCAUUUUUAACUAAAAUUGACAAAUAUCUGUUACUAGGCGUAAGGCUCGUGUGGCCAAGGCCCGUCGUGUUGCACCCCGCCCUGUUGCUGGACCACUGAGGCCACAGGUCAGGUGUCCCACAAUCAGGUACCACACUAAGGUCCGUGCCGGACGUGGCUUCACCCUGGAGGAGCUCAAGGUAAUACUCAAGUCCUUAGUAAAAAUGGUUGUUCCACAUGCAGGGUCAGACUUCUGUUGAUUUAAUAUCUCAGUUUGGUUCCAAAAGAAUCAACGGUGUUUGAAACUGUCCUGUGAAAUGAAGCAGAUGAUAACACAGUGAACAAAGGAGUCAGCAAACUGACGGUGACAGGUGAUUGAUUUAUUGGGAUAUUGAUAUUAGACUCUUAAACCCAGUAUUUAACAUCAGGAUCUCCACGUCAAAGAUGCUAUCUACAACUACAGUGGACGUAAGGCUAAACAAAGUCAAUUUUUUGUGUGUGAUGAAUCAUGCAUCCCACCCCAAAAAAAGCACAAUAGAUGUGGAACAUGAAGCACCGCUCAAAGACGUGAAGUUCUUGGCAAAAUGUACCUCGUGUUCCUUCCCAUAUUCUUUCCUGUAGUGGGAGGAAGGCUAAGUGAGUGUUGAUGUGCAUCAACCCAGACCAAGCUGACCUUUUAUUGUUGUUUUUAUUCACUAUAAUUCGACUGAAGUGGCACUGAGAGCUCAGCUUUACACUGUUUGAAAUGUUUGUUACACAUAUAAAUACAUACUGAGACUCUUUGACUUGAUGAGUCACAAUAAGGGACAAAUACAAUUUUCAGUGUGCGUAGAGUGACAAGUGGCUUAUCAUUUUUAUUUUUAGACAUUUUUGAUAAAAUAAUUGAGACAGAUUGAUUUAUUUAUUUCAAGUUUUCAGUUUUAAUUCAAUGUAGGAAAGAUGGUGAGCAUGAGCACUUGAAUACAAACUGGGGUCAGGCUAGAAAGUAAAAUGAGUGAAUGAAUGAGGUUUGCACUGGUGAGACAGAAAUACCUGUCUGCUCCUUUUGUAGGUCGACUCCAAAAUCUGUCAAGGCUUUAAAUUGUUACCCACUUUUUCAAGGUUGAAGCAAACACACAUGCCUACAGGUCAUAAUGUAUUUUGUCGCAGCAGUCAGAUGAUGACAAAUCUCCGGAAUCUCUGUAUUUCCUUGAUGAAUACUUUGAACCCUUUAUCUGAUGACUGCUUUCUCUUAUGCAAAUAAAAAUAGAUUGAAAAAAAUUCAAACUGAUUUCAAUCAUUAACUCCACAUGUAAUCAAUCAAAACUAAUCCAUACUUGCAGUUUUUACUUGACCCCCUUUGUGAUUUUUCUUGGCCCCUGCAGGCUGCUGGCAUCCACAAAAAGACAGCCCGCACUAUCGGCAUCUCUGUUGACCCUCGCAGACGUAACCGAUCAACAGAAUCUCUUCAGGCCAACGUGCAGCGCUUGAAGGAGUACCGCUCCAAACUCAUCCUGUUCCCCAGGAAGGCUUCUGCUCCCAAGAAAGGAGACAGCACUGUAAGUUUAAUCAAAGACUUGAAACAGGCCUCUGCUUUUAACUUUGAAAUCAUCCGAGAUAGACUGUAGUAGCUUUAAAUAACUCAUUUCCUGUUUUUGAUUUUCCUUUUCCUAAAUAGAGAAGUGUUAAAGAAUUUCACAAAGACAUGUGGUUAGUAGGAGGGAGUCGCCUCUUGAAAUUGGCUCGAUAAAAAGGAUAUUGAACAAGUAUAAUUUUAGAGCGCUCACAAGUGUUCCUCUUCAACAAAUUAAUUCAGCAGCUUCAAGGAACGGCUCUUGUAAAAAAUGUACAUCUUACAGAAGAAUUGAAUGUGCGCUCAUACAAUGAAAGACAUGGAUUUGUUAGAGGGGCCCUUACAUGAAACUGUAUCUUGUGCAUUUCCACACUCUUAAGUUUGAUAAAUGCAGCACAGAAGUGGAUUUUUCUCUGUGCACUCUGCAUUGUUUGAUGAGCUGAAAUCUUUGGCUGUAAUAGAAUGAUCACAAUUUGCAGUUCGGAGUCAGUACAUAGGGUAGUCUGAUGACGCUGAUACUAGUUACAUUCCUGUUUCUGAAGGAACCAGGUACAUGUAAUACCUGAUGUUGUAAACUCCACUCAGAGAAUAAUGAACCAUUAUAAAUCUCACAGGAGGAGGAGCUCAAGAUGGCCACUCAGCUCGCUGGUCCAGUCAUGCCCAUCAAAACUGUAAGUAGCAAUUUCUUUGAAGUUCAUCAAAAAAUGAAUGUAAAUGUGUAAAUUACAAUGAGAUAUAAGAUGACUAAUUAUUACUGAUUAACUCAGUAAGCAUCAAAAUGUUAAGAUUUUGUAAUCUGUUCACUCUCAGGCUGUUAUUUCAUAGUGAUGGAAAUAUGCACCAACCUUUUCUAAGCAGUCAGAUGAUGACAAAUCUCCGGAAUCUCUGUAUUUCCUUGAUGAAUACUUUGAACCCUUUAUCUGAUUGACUGCCUUUUUAAAGUCAUAACUUCAACUCUGAAAUGUUAAUGCCUCAAAACCUGAUGUCAAUUUACAUCUAAGUCAAAGUUGUAUUGACAUGCGAGAAACGAUUUUGUUAAUCACAAAGGUGCUCUGUGUACUGACGAUUGUUUCCUUCUCUUCAAGGUGCACAAGAAGGAGAAGGCCAGGGUUAUCUCUGAAGACGAGAAGAACUUCAAGGCCUUCGCCAGCCUGCGUAUGGCUCGCGCCAAUGCCCGUCUUUUCGGCAUCCGUGCCAAGAGAGCUAAAGAGGCCGCUGAGCAAGACGUGGAGAAAAAGAAGUGAAAAUAGUCAAUACGGAACUUUGCAAAAUAAAGUGUUUAAAAAGAUCGAUGUGAAUAUGUGGUGAUUGUGAACUUCUCUGGAGUAAAGGCAGGUUUGGGUUAAUUAAGAUAGUUGACUGGGUACUCUUCAACAAUGAACACAGGCACAUGUGGCAACUGAAGAGGUCAGAUAGACUCCUACCAUACCUGGGUAAUAAAGAAAAUCCUAUUUGAGAUUGUUUUUUCUUUGCUGAAAUGAUUUAAAGUUUUGCAAAGAAAUAAAACAAAACAACUCAGAGUCAUGCUUGCGUAGAACAAGCGGGCCCAUAUUCCUAAAGAUUCUGAGAACUCUCGGAGAGCUUCUAACUAAAUCAUAGAAUCGGAUCUUAUAUUUCAAAUAACAGAAAAUAUUGGUCCCAAGGAAGACAAGCCACCGCUCUGUGGAAGCUAAUGGGGUUCCAAACAAACCAACGAACGAAAGAAAAUGUCUAAAAUAAAUAGUAAGCCAUACACGAAAACUAUCCAAAAAAAUGUGUGAAAACUUUGGCCCACUUGCACAGUAUUCACAUGGUGAUAGUUUUAUGUAUUUGCUUAUAUUGCAAAACUUUUAACAUUUCAACUCAAUUAGUUAUUAGCGAGGGUAAAAUGGCUCAGCUUUCAUCGAUGUUUGUGACUGCUGAACAGCCUUGACGAAGCACUGUUGGUGGUCUUUCAUUUCUGGUGGUGUUGCGUUGUGGCGUUGGGUUGGAGAAGUAAGUCCAUCUGUAAUGAGAACCACAAACAUGAUUCCUUCACAUUCUAAUCUGUAGCGUUUCAUUAAUUCACUGUCAUCCAGUGUUUGGAGAAUAUCUCUCCUGCCUCUUUUGUACACUAUUUUGUCUUCAGCUUAGGGAGCUUCUAAGCCGCUUAAAAGUCCUCUUCCCUGCUCUUAACGGAUCUCACCUUAAGAGCUAGGAUACUUGAGCAAUUGCUUUUAUCUUUACUAGGAUCUACUCUUCACUUUUAGGGGAAAUUCUAAAAAAACAAUGAUUCUAGGAGCGACUCUUUGCACUAAGAAUCUUUAGGAAUACAUCCCCUGGUCUAAAUGAAAGCAGACUGAAAAUUCUCUAUUCAGUAAGUUAUAAACUGAUGAAAGGCAUUAUGUAGAGCAAUAGGAACAAGAAACAAGCAGCUUGACUGGAUUGCAGAAUUUCCAGAUAAAUAACCAGUUUCUUCCCCUUUUUAAAUAAAAUCAAGUGGGUUUUUUUUAGGAGGCAUAAGCACUUUUCUAAGAUUUGGCUCAGCAAAGCAAAACCUGCCAAGAAAAAAUUAUCCUCAGGCUGAAUUGUUCAGAUUACACAACCUGAUGCAUUGGCGCAUAGUUGCAGCAGUAGGUGGCACCAGAGGCUCAAGUGUUGUCAUUAGUGGUCACAAACUAGCCUGUAAGAGAUGACUUUGAGAACAGAUUUUAAGGAAUAGCGCACAUAACUUUUAAAGAUGUGUAUGGUUUACCUGAUGUGAUAGUCUUGGUUGGGACAGAAUUUACAUUUUGUUACCAGAUUACUCAUCUCAUUGAGUGGAUGCUCAUAGCAGAAAAUAAUGUAUUUAAACAGGUGCAGUUAGCCAAGAUUCAGUCUUAACCAGUUGUAGAAUAAUCCAGUCAGAGUCCCUGAACCAUGAAAGACCAAAAAAGGGGUAGUAGUGCAGGUUAGGGAGAGAAAAAACUUAAUUUAAU